GAGAUGGACGCCCUCGAGCGCUCGUUCCUGGCGGAGGCGCAGCGCCAGGUUGAGUCGGGUCGCAGCGUUGAAGCGCUCGUUCGUGUGCAUUACGAGGGCGACGGCGUGCGCAUCGAGGAGGAUGCAGGUGGAUAUACGCGCCUGAGUUACGCAGCGCUCAAGGGCUGGUGCUCGGCCAUCACGUGGCUCCUCGAGCAGGGCGCCGACGUCCACGCUGGCUGGCCCAGACGUGGUUGGACGCCACUGAACGGCGCCGCUUGUUACGGCCAUUGUGAUGCAGCGGUCCUCCUGCUCGGCGCGGACGCGCGAGUCGACGAUCGCGACCGCUACGGAAACACCGCGCUCCACUGGGCUGCCUUCAAGGGACACACCGACAUGAGCCAGCUCCUCCUGAGCCGCGGCGCGUCGCUCGACGCGCGCCGUAUUAACGGCGACGAACCCGAGGCCCGCGCGCGA